UUUGAGGAGAAUGGGACGAAUCCCUGCUGUUUUUUUCUAUUGACAUAGCUGGCCAAUCACAUUGCGGCAAGGUAAGACAGACAAGACAAGUAGCCAAUGACUGAGCUCAGAGUACUCAAGGGGGUGUUCCUUAAGAAAAUCCCGCCGUGCACGCAUUUGUGCAGUGAUCGAUCGGCUCGUUAUCCGCGAGUUUGUUUGCCGUUGCGUUUUGCAAUGGAUUCACACACAAAGAGAUUAACUGAUACAGUCGAGCACAAUCCGGAGCAUUGUCUGUACAUUAUCGAUGAAGAACAUGACGAAUCGGAUGAAUUUUCUGACCUGGACAGUGCCGCUUCCAGCGUGGACUCAACAGAGACGUUCAUCGAUGAUGUUGAUUUCGGACUCGAUCAAUGUUCCAAUGAUGAUAUCUCAUUUGAUGAGGAAUGUAAUUCAGAGACCACCCCGCGAAAGAGGCAGAGAACUGGUCUGUCUACCACGUCACAAUCUCCAGCAAAAUCUGUUAUCUCUCGAUCGCCUUCCUCUUUACCGGUUGUUCAGUGGAGAGGCAAGAGAAGGAGUGUACGCCGAUACAUCCCUGGGUUUUCCUUUACCAUCUCAGAAGUCAAGUGGCAGAAUGGAGAUAAGCCAGAUAUUGAGCCACCUCAACCGGUCUUCAGACCUGCGGGAACACCUGGCCCACAGGUGGUCACCACCGCAUCUUUGAGUCCUCUACAGUUCUUUGAAUUGUUCUUUUCAACAUCAGUGAUGCAGACCAUUGUAAAUAACACAAAUGCCUAUGGGGCCAAGUGUCGCAAUGGGAAGAAGCCAUGGCGGGACAUUACUAUAAAAGAGUUCAGGUCAUACUUGGCUCUGGUGAUUUACAUGGGUCUGUUGAAAUGUUCCUCGCUGAGAGACUACUGGAGGACAUCUAACAUCUUCAGUCUGCCGUAUCCUGCACGAAUUAUGUCUUCUAGGAAGUUUCACAUGAUCUCUCAAUCUAUUCAUAUCAGCGAUCCCAAAGAAGAUGAAGAGAAUGACAAGAAGAAGGGAACGGCUGAAUACGACCGGCUGUGUAGGAUCAAGCCGCUGUACCAGCAGAUUCGAGAGGCCUGCAAGGACUCGUUUCAUCCCUUUCAGAACAUCUCCAUUGACGAAAGAAUGGUGGCAGCAAAGGCGAGAAAUGGACUUAAGCAAUAUAUGAAAAAUAGUCCUACACAAUGGGGCUACAAACUAUUUGUACUGGCAGAUUCUUGCUGCGGCUACACAUGGGACUUCUUCGUUUACGAGGGAAAGUCAAAUUUAGAGCGGAGCAAAGGGAUUAGCUAUGAUUCCGUCAUGACGCUGGCGAAUGAGAAGUUGUUGGGCACUGGCUACAAGCUGUUUGUGGACAACUUCUACACCAGUCCGACACUCUUCAGGGACCUCCUCCGUAAGAAGAUCUGGGCUUGUGGCACAGUUCGUCCAAACAGGAUGGGGCACUCUGAAAAACCACCUCCUCGCGGCAAUAUACGUUGGUUUCGGGACGACAACCUCCUAUUUCUGGAGUGGAAGGACAAGAAGGAGGUACUGAUAUGCUCCACCUUUCAUAAAGCCUAUAAUGGUGACACGGUGAAGAGGAAGGUGAAGAAGAACGGCGCUUGGGUCAUCAAGGAUUUCCCUGUUCCAGCUGCAGUUCUGGACAUCAAUAAGCACAGGGGGGGAGUGGAUCUGUCCAAUAUGCUACUUGGAUAUUACACAGUUCUGCAUAAAACGAUGAAGUGGUAUCAGUCAUUUUUUUACCAUUUUGUGGACCUUGCGGUAGUAAAUGCCUUCAUUUUGCACCAACAGAUGUCCAAGGAAAAGAACCAGAAGCCUCUGGUUCAAAAAGCGUUCCGGGAGUUGCUUGUGUCUGAGCUUGCAGGAACAGGGUCUGCUUCUCCUGCUUCUCCUAUUCCUUCGGUUUCCCACAUGCCCACGUUCAUCAGUGGGGACAGCACUAUUGGAAGGAGGAAAUGCAAGAUCUGCCACCGAAAAACUCCAGUCAUCUGUGUGACUUGUGGUGCGGCUCUGUGCUUGGUUCCCAAGCGUGAAUGUUUUGUAGACUGGCAUGAAUCGGGUAGUUUUGAGUAGGUAUCCAAGUGCAGAGUGUAUUUCAAAAUACUGUAAACGAGGGUGCAGAAAAGGGUUCAACGGUUUACACGGGCCAAGUUCAUUGGCAAACGGAUGUACUGGAAAUAUAGGAUGGAAAGUUGAAGGUAACUUUGGUGACGCCAACUCCUGGUGUUGGGACAAUGGAGAUGCGUGCUCUGAUAUUACAGUAGUUCAUGAUCAAUGGGUGCCACAGUUGUAAGUAGUUAAAGUACUUUUUCUAGUGAAAUGUAACCAGUAUUAAUAACACAUUUUGAUCUCAUUGUGUGUGCUCCGAAGUAGUAAAGUUAAAUAAACGAUUAUCUUCAUGUCUGGUUUGUGAGGUGAUGUAUGUCAGGAAAUAAUUUGGUUACUGACUUUUCAGAAUAUCUUUGGAGGUAUAAUGAGGCAUGGUUUCAACAAAAAACGAAAUCGAAGAACGAACCGGUGUGACGUCAUGUUGAGCUAAAUCUGGCCAAAAUCUUGAGUUCUUAUUUGUGGUUCGUAGCGGCUCGCCAGGGCUAACUUUCAGGAGAACGUCUAUCUGCCAUUGGUCCUCGUCAUUGGAGCUCCACCUACUUUGAGAGCGAAAACGAAUUCCCAUUUAGUCAUUUAAGAUUCGUCACAAUGAACGCAACGGCGUAUAGGGUUAUUAGCAAGCUGGUGCAAACAUACCAACAUCUGUACGAUCGUUCACGUAGAGACAUUGUCUAAGAACAUGUCAUGCGAUGAAUCUGUUUCAUUAGUCUACUAAAGGAAUCAAGUCUACUAGACACUUGAAAGACGU